UCGACCACGAAUCGCAUUAGUCCACGAGGACUACUACCCCGAAUCACCCCGCCGCACAAGUCGGAACGUACUGAAACCCACUACCAAUUCCGCAAACGCAUCGUUACCACAGACAUCAGCAUGUCUACUUGCGAGAACGACUCUUACGAGCAGCCCACUGCCGCUGGAAGCAGUGUCAUCACCGCAGUGAGAGACUUUCUUGUCACACUGGGUAUCCCAGCCAACAGCCGCGUCACUCAACACACGGCACAUUGCCACCAUGAAGAUGUCCCCACUGAUGUAGGCACCGAAGGCCCUCAUGAUUUGCCUACUACUCGCACACCCUCGCCAAUAACCGAGGCCGUGGCACCAGGCCGAUUGCGUUCCCUCUUCCCACCAUCAAACUACGGCGCCGUAGUCCCUGGCAGUGUCUACCGUAGCAGUUAUCCAAAGCCAAAGAAUUACGAUUUUUUGAAGAGUCUGGGGGUGAAAACCAUCAUCACUCUAGUACCCGAGGAAAUCCCGACAGAGUAUCAGGAUUUCAUGAAACUUGCCGGCAUCCAGCAUUUUCAGGUGCAUCUGAACGCCAACAAAGGUUGCGUGCGGGUCCAGAGCUGCGACAUGAAUAGAGCUCUCAAUAUUGUUCUCGAUCGGUCAAAUCAUCCCGUUCUCAUCCACUGCAACAAAGGCAAACAUCGAACUGGGUGCCUCACUGCUACAUUGCGACGUCUACAGGGCUAUGAUAUCGAAUUGAUCCGCGAAGAGUAUCACACCUAUGCAGACCCAAAAGCCCGUUUCUGGGAUGAGGUGUUCUUCGAGCAUUUCGAUCUCAACACCGUCAUGUGGCACGCUCGAAAAGAGAACUGGAUUCUACCGACACAGGAUGCCGACGACACUCUCCUUUCACCUCCGCCUUCACCGUCCUUCUCAGUAGGGCCCACAAACCCUUGAACUCUCUCCGACUAUUUUCAUUUGUUCACCCCCCGCUCGGAUACUACACUGGUGAUUGGGGCGAAAGGUGCUGACAGGUCAUCGCCUGCGUACUACGCACCCCAAACCGUAUGGUAUACCUGAAAAUAAAAGUCCUCCUUCAUCGUCAAUGAGAGGCAGGUCUUCUGUGGCGUUUUUUAUUGGAUCGGGAUACCCUGUUAUGCAAUAGCAGCCACCCUUCCGCGAUAUACAUCUCUUCCGUCCAGAGUAUGUUGUUCCAGGCGGUGCUUGUACAUGUAUCUGCACGUGACAGAUCCUUCGGCGACAUU